AGUUGCAGGUGGUUGCGCGACUGAAUGCGACGAGAGAGCGCUUCGGGCUUGAAGAGUCCGAGAAAAAGGGAAAGAGGGGCAGCUCGGCAAACCGAUACAACCUAAGUUUGAUGCUGGUUUUUAAAUCCCAUCUCACCUUUGGCGGCGACCCACAGCAACGAAGAGGAUCUCGCUGUCCGGUGCCGCGAAAGCUCCUUUUGCAGUGAUCCUGGACGUAGGAGCCAUGGCGCAGGUGGUGGCGACGAGAUCCAUCCAGAGCUCGCGCGUUUCGCUCCCGGAAGUCCGAUCCGGGAUCCGUCGAGCCCGCGAGCUCAAGCCGUCGAGCAUCCCCGCUCGGUUCUGCCGUCACGAGGAGGAACGGAGUGGGCGGAUGAGCGGUUGUCGCCGCUCGGUCGUGGUUGCCGUGGCCAGGCCGCUGUCUCGUCCUGAUUCCGGUGUCCUUCCUGUGUCCCCGGAUGACGUAUCAAAGGAAGAUGAACAGUAUCAGCAUCUGAAGAGCAUUCAGCAAGUAGGUGAUGUUUCAGGUGGUUUCUUGUCUAAACCGAGUAAGAUGCGCAAAACGAAGAUAGUCUGUACCAUUGGCCCUUCGACCAACACAAGGGAGAUGAUAUGGAAGCUGGCUGAGGCUGGCAUGAAUGUUGCACGGCUGAACAUGUCUCACGGAGACCAUGCAUCUCAUCAGAAAGUCAUUGAUCUUGUGAAAGAGUACAACGAACAAAAUAAGGACAAUGUAAUUGCAAUUAUGCUAGAUACAAAGGGCCCAGAGGUUAGGAGUGGUGACUUACCUCAGCCAAUUAAUUUGGUUGCUGGACAAGAAUUCACUUUCACAAUAAAAAGAGGAGUUGGCUCAGAGACCUGUGUUAGUGUGAACUAUGAUGAUUUCGUCAACGAUGUAGAAGAUGGUGACAUGCUUCUUGUAGAUGGUGGAAUGAUGUCCCUAAAGGUGAAGUCAAAAACUGAGGAUUCCGUUAAGUGUGAAGUAAUUGAUGGAGGUGAACUCAAGUCCAGGAGGCAUCUAAAUGUUAGAGGAAAGAGUGCAACCUUGCCAUCCAUCACAGAAAAGGAUUGGGAUGAUAUCAAAUUUGGAGUCGAGAACAAAGUGGAUUUCUAUGCAGUUUCUUUUGUUAAAGAUGCCAAAGUUGUCCACGAACUAAAGGAUUAUCUGAAAAGUUGUAAUGCAGAUAUACAUGUUACAGUCAAAAUUGAAAGUGCCGAUUCAAUUCCAAAUUUGCACUCCAUAAUUUCUGCAUCUGAUGGGGCUAUGGUAGCUAGGGGAGACCUUGGAGCUGAACUACCUAUAGAAGAAGUUCCUCUGUUGCAGGAAGAGAUUAUAAGAAUUUGCCGGAGCAUGGGAAAAGCUGUUAUUGUAGCAACAAACAUGCUUGAAAGCAUGAUUGUUCAUCCAACACCAACACGUGCUGAGGUCUCAGACAUUGCCAUUGCAGUCCGUGAGGGUUCUGAUGCAAUAAUGCUUUCCGGAGAAACUGCUCAUGGGAAAUACCCACUUAAAGCUGUUAAGGUCAUGCACACUGUGGCUCUGAGGACUGAAGCAACUCUGAACGGUGGAGAAGCACCAGCUAAUCUUGGUCAGGCAUUCAAGAGUCACACGAGUGAAAUGUUUGCUUUCCAUGCAACCAUGAUGUCAAACACUCUUGGCACAUCAAUUGUUGUCUUCACCAGAUCCGGUUUCAUGGCAAUCCUACUCAGCCAUUAUCGUCCCUCUGGCACUAUAUUUGCUUUCACUGAUGACGAACGAGUGAGGCAAAGAUUGGCUUUGUACCAAGGAGUGUGUCCCUUGUAUAUGCAAUUUUCAGAUGAUGCUGACACAACAUUUGCCGAGGCGUUGUCAAUGUUGCAGAAACUUGGCAUGGUUAAGGAAGGCGAGCAAGUAGCUCUUGUUCAGAGUGGCCGGAAACCCAUUUGGAGGUCGCAAACCACACACAACAUCCAGGUCCGAAAGGUUUAGUUGUAUGCGCUAAAACCUUAUCAAGCAUUGUCAGCAGUUAAGAAGCUUGCAUACACGAAACCCGAACUCCAUUUGCUAGAGGUUAUUAUGUCUUAAAUAGUAGUACAAGCAUCAUUGAACUUCUGCUGUUUGUUCCAGUUUUUCCCAUUUAUUUUGAUUGUGUUGAAUUAUUGUCUCAAUCUGUGCAUCACUUCUGUUAUGCGCCAAAAGGAAUGCGAAAUGUUUGAUAUAAUUUUAUUUUACUAAAAGAUGUUUCAGAUUUA